AUGCGGGAGCAAUAUAGCAGUGAGGAGAGUGCCAUCAGGGUCGUGAAGUUCUACAUUGGAGAGGAGGAUGAAGAGUUUGAUGAGAUACGUGUUAUGAUUGAAGAAGUUCCCCCUCACAAUGACUCCAACGACCUGACGUCGAUCUUGAUUGACUCUGGAGCUGAUACUGCAGUCUUUCCUUCAAAUUGGAUGCAUGCAGGAACUACAGCUGGCUCUCAGGCACGACGUCUUCAAGAUGCUCAAGGAAAUUUGAUCCCUACAAGGGGACGCAGAGACGUAGAAAUAUUUCUGCCUGACUUGCAUGGAAACAGAGUUUGCCUUCGAGAAAGGGUGACAAUUUCUGAUGCAGUCACCCAACCCAUUCUUUGCUAUGGACGCCUCAUGCAGCAAGGAUGUGACCUCAACGCAGCAGACCAGACACUGCGCCAUGCUGGCCAUGGAAUCUCAAUUCCCUUGGAGAUGCAGAACUGUUCCUUGGCAGUACAAGGAUCCAUCAGGAUGAUUUCAGAACGACCACACCAUGUGCGCCUGAUGAAAGCCAUGCUUGAUGAGCGCCUUACAGAUUUGCCCCAUGGUUGGAGCAGACGACAUGGUCUUCUCAUUGGAUUCCACAUGAGCAAAAACUUUAUCAAUCCUUUGAUGUAUGACCCCAACCUUGUGGAGCACUACAGAACCACGCUCAUUCAGUUUGAAGAUGGCCAUUGGGAGUUGAUUGAGAUAUGUGAGCGCAUCAGUGGCUUGGUCUUUGAGGACAACGAGUUUGAAGAUGGUGGGAUGAGGAAUGUGAUCACUAUUUGCACCAGUGACUACACCCCACCUGAAGAUAUGGGCUUUACUUUGGAAGGUGAAUUGGACUUUGAAGCUGGACGCCAAGAUGAGAUGCAAGAAGCUGAGAUGGAGGUUCCUAUUGCCCCUGACGAAGAUGCGGUGGUUGAAAGUGCAGCUGUUCAACAUCAACCUGAUGCUCAAGAGAGCGCUGAGCCCAUGGACCAGAUUGUGAUAGAAGGUUCCUACAUGGAUCAGCUCCACACUCACCUCAACAUGCACAUUGGCACCACCAAUGGACUAUGGUCUUGGGCUGCAAGACAUGCGGCAUGGACGUUGUCACGAUACAAAGCUGUAAGAGGUGCAACACCCUAUGAGCUGGUCUAUGGAAAGCCCUAUGUUGGAACCUUGCUUCAAUUUGCAGAACCUUGCUUUGCGUACGUGGCGACUGCGGCCAAGGGCAUGAAGAAGUGGAUCAAGGGUAUCUUUCUUGGCAAGACUGAGGGUCAAGAUGCUUUCAUCGUCUAUGAUGGCAGCAAAGUGCUUCUGACGAGAUCAACAAGGAGGAUUUCACAGUCCUGGGGCUUGAGCUUGGCCUACUACAAGGACUUUUCAUGUCCAACCUAUGACUUCCAGACUGGCUUUGGGGCACGCAUUGUCCCCACGAAGCGUGAAGCGCUUGCACUUCCUGCUUCAGAUGCCUGGAUUCCUCUUGAAGCAAUUGCUGCAAAGGCCAAAGACCCUGACGCUGAGGCCGUGAUCAAAAAGGCGAUAGAAGAAAGCCGUGAGGAGAAAGAGCUUGAGAUGAUGGGCAAGUUUGACAAACGAGAUCAUGUGGUGAUGGCUGAAGAUGAUGUUGAAGCUACACCACAAGCACCAGUGGAGGAAACCCCUCUUGCUCCUAUGGCGAUUGCUGUGCCAUCAAACCCUGAAGGAGCUGGUGCUGAACCUUCUUUAGUGCCACAGAUGAGCCCCCCAUCUCAACAACCAGAACCUCAUUCAUUGCCACAGAGGAGCCCCCAACUUCCACAACAGCGCUUUUCAGCCCUUCCACUUUUGGGUGCAGCUAGCGCAUCUUCCAGCGCUACACCAGAUGAGCCACGUUCACCACCAACGAGGCGUGGAUCCACAGACGAGGGCGGCUUGCCAAAGAAAGCCAGAACGCUUCCAGUGAAGAAACCCAGAGUUGAGAGAAUUGCAGAGGAGAUGGAAUCCAAGAUCAGAACCAUAAAACUUGGAGAUGAGGAACUGUUCACCAUGGAUGAGCCUGAAGUCAAUCCAGAGGACUUUGUUGAGGAGGAGCUUUCUUUUGACGAGGACGCAGAUGUUGAAGAGAUCCCAGCAUGUUUGUGGCGCGAUGGAACCCAAGAUGAGAAGCCACAAGAACCUGGGAAAGAAGUUGAUGAAGUGGCAGCUGAAGUAGAGCUGAAGCGUUUGAUGAGCCUCAAUGUCUUGCGGGAUGCUCAGCCUUCAGAUGAUAGCAUCCAAAGGACUUUGACAACACGCUUUGUCUAUGAUUGGAGAUGGAAGCCAACUGGCAAAGCAGAAGGCGACCGCAUAGUGAUGAAGAACUUACCUGGCCAGAGAGCUGGUGCCAAGGAUUGGUUUGAUCACAUCAGCAGAUUCCUUUGCGCCAAGGCCGAGGUCACUCAAUGCUGCUUGAACCCUUGUUUGAUGCGCGGCGAAAACAUUGCAGUUUUGGUGCACGUUGAUGAUGUGAUGCUGCUUGGAAAACGCAACUAUGUUGAGAAUGUCUUCCUGCCCCUGCUGAAGUCCCAGUUUGACCUCAGCUGCUCUUUGAUCAAGGACGUGGGAGAUGAGUUUACGUUUUUGAAGAGGACAUACAGGCUGACCUCACAUGGCCUGAUCAUUUCCCCUGGCAACUAUGUGCCAAAGAUGCUAGAGAUCUUUGAAGAGAACUAUGGCAAGGUGAAGAUCAGCAAGGUCCCAAUAGACCCCAACAUGCUGGUGGAGGACAAGUCAGAUGAGCUCAAUGCCUAUGACAGUGGCAUCUACCGGUCUUGGGUAGGCAUGGGACUUUACCUUGCGCAAGAACGAUAUGAUAUCGCCUAUGCCAUCAAGGAGCUCUCUAGCAAAAUGGCAAAGCCAACGAAAUCCUCAAUGUGUGGCCUACGCAAACUUUUGGGCUACUUGCGGCAGACGAGUUGGUAUGCUGUGCUUCUACCAACACCUGAGCCUGGCCGUGGAAAGAUCGCCCAUGUGGACAAGCACUUCAUUCUCGAGUCAUACAGCGACAGUGAUUGGAGUGGGCACCAGGCCCAUAGGAGAUCAACUUCCUCAGCAAUCCACUAUGUGAACUCCUGCCCAGUGUUUGCUUCAGCGCGCACCCAGCGCGUAGUUUCAUUGAGCAGUUGUGAAGCAGAAUUGCAUGCACUAGUGAGUGCAGCAGCAGACGGCAAGUACAUAGCAGGAUGUCUCUCCUUUCUUGCCGGCUGUGAGGUGGAACAUCAUGGCUAUGUUGACAACGCCUCAGCUAAGUCCCUGGCCAACAAGCGUGGAGUUGGAAAGAUGCGCCAUUUAGCGGGAAAGUUGCUUUGGGUGCAAAAUUGCACGGCAGAUGGUUCUUUGAAAAUUUCCCAGAUAGGAACUCUUUUCAAUGCAGCUGAUUUAGCAACCAAACCUCUUAGCAUUGCUCGCAUGCGUGCCCUGAUGUUUCUUUGCAACAUCGUGAAUCUGGAGCAUGGCUUCGAGAUGGUCGGUGAAGAUGAGUUCGAGACUCUGGUGAAGCGAGAUCAGUUUGGAAAGAAUGUGACAAAGAUGGCCAAGAUGCUCUUUCGAAUUGGCUUCGCAAUGGAGAUGUUUACUGGAGCAGAUGGUUUUUCUAUCGAUGAUGGUAUGUGCGCCAUAGAUGAGGCUCCAGCAACUACAUCACUGAGUUUGUGGACACCAUCGGGCUUUGCACUGGCAUUUGCAGUUCUCGCAAUCAUUGCGGUGUUUGGCUGGAUGGGAUGGAUGAUCUACAGACUGCAGAAGAAGCUGAACUUGGUGGAGAUCAAGGUCAACGCGGUUUCUGGAUUCAAUUUUUCAAAAAUGGAAUCUGAACGCAUGGAGCUGCUUGGUGACCAUGCUGACCUGAAGAAUGCCGUGGAGAGGGUCCAGAUCUUCUCAGAAAAUCUAUGGGGUAGUCUUGUUGAAGUUGGUGGCUAUAUGGCUGACCAUGAGACAGCGCUAUCAGAUGAGCGGCGUGGAGAGUUGGAACAGAAGGAGGCCGAGAAUCAGGAGAUCGCAAUGCAGGAUGAUUCUUCUGAUGAGAGAUUGCUGUCAAUGCAGCGUUCCAUCAUGAGGAUGCACAGGCGCUUCUUCGAGAUGAGCAAGCUCUACACGCACCUAUGGAUGGGGCUUGUGCGCCUUGGUGGAUUCAUUGGCAGCAACACCAUAACUGGUGAAGCACAUUCCGAUCUUGUUGACCGCAACAAUGAGAUCAUGGAGGAAUGGCAAAGGCAGGGCCAUUCAAACCUUCUUGGCCGCCGCCGCCAUGUUACACCACCUGGCGGUACUCCAAGGAUUGCAGCUGUUGAAGAAAGAACUGAAGGAGAUGAAUCAGAGACGAUGGAGCAUCCAGAUGACUUCAUCGAUGAAGACGACACAGCCUAUGGAGCACCACCGAGUGAAACAGAGCCUGAACCCCAUGGAGCAUCAGAUGAACCUAUGGAAACAUCUAUGGCUGAGAUGGAGCCUGAUGAUGAGGCAGAGCAUAGCGAAAUCAGUGAGCAGAUCGAGCUGGCGAACAGAAUGGAAACUUUGCGCAGAGAGCUUGAACAGCGAAUGCAAGAUGCUAGUUUGGUAGGUGACGAAUUGGAAGCCAAUAGUCUCCGUUUGCAAUUGGCUAACGUUGAGAAUCUCCAAUAUGGCCUACCACGUCCAACCAUUUAG